AUGGAUCAUCUGACAGCGCUCUUCCAAGUGAUGUGGCGCCAAAGAAAAGUCCCACAGGCUUCCAACGACGCCACAAUCGUCCACUUCUACAAGCGGAGAGGGAACCGCCAACUCUGCGACGACAACCGAGGCAUUUCCCUGCUGAACAUCGGUGGGAAGAUCUUCGUUCGCAUCCUCCUCAACCGCAUUAACAACCACACUGAACAAGGUCUCUUGUCGAAAAGCCAGUGCGGCUUCCGCCGUCAUCGUGGGACCACCGACAUGAUCUUCGCCGCCCGUCAACUUCAGGAGAAGUGCCAGGAGAUGCGGACCCACCUGUACUCUACCUUCGUGGAUCUGACGAAAGCCUUCGACACAGUGAAUCGCGAAGGACUGCGGAAAAUCACGCAGAAAUUCGGCCUUCCCGAACGAUUCACUCAGGUGGUGCGUCAGCUCCACGACGGCAUGAUGGCGCGAGUCACGUACAACGGAGCUGUCUCAGAGGCAUUCACAGUGACCAACGGAGUGAAGCAUGGAUGCGUCCUGGCGCCCACCCUCUUCAGUCUCAUGUUCUCUGCCAUGCUGAUGGACGCUUACCGUGACGAACGUCCCCGGAUCCGCAUCGCCUACAAGACGGACGGGCACCUCAAUCAACGGCGGAUGUACUUCCAAUCGCGCGUAUCCACAACCACCGUUCACGAACUUCUCUUCGCCGACGACCGCGCCCUCAAUACCAUCUCGGAAGAGGACAUGCAAAGAAGCAUGGACCUUUUCUCCGCCACCUGCAAGAACUUCGGUCUGGUCAUCAACACGCAGAAGACGGUGGUCAGGCAUUAA